AUGUCCUCUACUCAAGAUUCCGCCACCAAGAUCUCUAUCGAUAGAUUCGAUGGAGACAACUACGCGACGUGGAGCCGCUACAUGCGUGGCGUGUUCCUGACCAAGUCGACGUGGCACGUGGUCAACCGGGAGACCACCCCCACCUUCGCCGAUCCUCGCGCCAGUGAUGAGUACGUCAAGACGAACAACAUUGCGUUCGGCUUGAUGUUACUUCACAUGAGCGCGGACUAUCAUCACGUGGUUGAUGACUGCGACGAGGCAUGGGUUGCGUGGACACGGUUGAAGACUCUCUACGGCGGAUCGCAGAAGGCUGGACGGAUCUUCUUGAAGCGGCAGCUAUUCAGCAUGGAGAUGGCGGAAGGCGGAAAUGUAAUGCAUCAUUGCAAUGAAGUUCUCAACAUCAGCGCCAAGCUCAGCAGCAUCGGCGCCAAGAUGGAGGAUGAGGACGUGGCGAUCUGCUUGUUGUGCAGCCUCCCCAAGAGCUACGAGAACGUCGUGCUGAACUUGGAGAUGAGCAGCGCGGAACUGCGGACGCAAGACGUCGUGAAAGUGCUGACGAAUGAGCACAUCAAGAGACAAGGGAAAAAGACGACAUCGGUGAAAACUGAAGAAGCGACCAAGGCCUUCAGUACCGAGCGUGAGGUUCGUCAGUGUACGUUCUGCGAAAAAUUGGGGCACACGGUGGAAAAGUGCUGGACCAAGCAGAAGGAAGACAAUCGGGGAGCUCGACGCGGCGGCAAUGCACGUGGACGCGGAGCGAAUCAAGUUCAGUGGAAAAGCUGCAACGGCAACAACAACUAUGACCAUGAUCGAGUGGCGUUUGCUGUUUCGCUGGAAUGCGGACUUUCAACGACCAAGAGUAUGUCUGGAAUGUGGGCGAUUGAUAGCGGUGCAACACAUCACAUCUGCUAUGAAAAGUCCAAGUUCGAAUUUCUGGACGAGCGCAAUGAAGGCGAAGUGUUGGUUGCAGAUGGGAACAAGGCUGCGAUCAACGGUGUCGGGACAAUCAUCGAAAAAGUGACCCUAUCCAACGGUGAAGAGCGCGAAGUCGAGAUCAAGAACGCGCUUUACGUCCCAAGAAUGAACAAAAACUUGCUUUCGAUACCACAAAUCAACAAAAGCGGCAAGUUUCAAGUGAUGUUUGAUGGUGACGAGAUGAAGAUUUCGCACAAAGGCUCCAAGCAAGUAAUAGCGAUGGCCGAUCUUGUGGAUGGCCUCUACUGGCUUCGUACAUCCCAACGAUCGGUGAAUGCGGCUUCAGGACCAAGAAAUGGUCUCCAAGGGCAUGAUCAAGGAUGCCAAGAAGCCAGCAAAAUUGAGUGGAUCAAGCGUGUGUCAAGGUUGUCUAGAAGGAAAAUGGUUCAACGACCGUUCCCGAGCAAUCCAAACAAGCGCCACUACGAUCCGUUUGAGCUUCUACACAUCGACACUUGUGGUCCAAUGGAAGUCGACUCGCUAGGUGGAAGCAAGUACUUGCUACUGAUCGUCGAUGAAGGCAGCGGAUGUAUGAAGGGUUUCAGUCUGCGCGCCAAGUCCGACAGCGAAGAGUGCAUCAAGAAGUACAUCAUGGCAGUACAGACGCAGUUUGACUACAAGGUCAAGUUCGUUCGACACGAUGGUGCACGAGAAUUUGCGGCGAAUUCGCUCAAGGCAUUUUACGAUGAUCAAGGAAUCGAGCAGCAAGUUACCGUUCCGUAUGCGCAUCAGACCAACGGCACGGCGGAACGGGCAAUUCGGACCAUUGUGCAAUCGGGCGCAGCAUGCUUCACUACGCCAAGCUGGACAAGUGUAUUUGGGCUGAAGCAGCAAUGA